GAAAAGGCACCUCAAGAGGUCCUUAACGGCCAUCAGAGAGAAAUCACAACAACACGUCGACCUGACAGAAGGUCAGGAUGGUCCAGAAAAUACUAAACAAACUCGUCGGUGCCAAGUACAUUGGUAUUCUGAGGACGUGGGUACCAAAUAUGGUUGCCUGGGGAACGGUUGGUGGAGUGGCCCUCGUUCACUUCACAGACUGGCGGUUGAUUCUGGACUAUGUGCCAUACAUCAAAGGGAAGUUCAGCGACGAUGAGUAAAGUCCAACACAACAAAAAUGACCAGAGCUUGGGAAUGGGCACAUGGCUGGAUUUCUUUCACAUCGCAAGCUUAAAGUAUGAUGCCCUGGCCAAAAAAAUCCGUCACUGAGGGGCUUGUUAGGAGUUUGGACUACGAGGUGCACUCUGUAUAAAUGAUCCAGUAUUAUUUAAUGUGAAUAAAUCUUUAAUUUUGCUCCCAAUGUGUCCAGUUAUUCUGCAAAAAUGACAACUAUUAAAUGUUUGUAAUUGCUUGGUGAGAGGCUUUUUUUUUAAAUAAUUUUUUUUGUUUAAUGCUGAAAAAGGUGGAUUUUCUUUUGCAUGACAUGAAAGACUUUGUACAUCUGAUAUUUGCCAACUGGUCAUGACUAUUUGUACUUUUUAAAAGUAGUGUAAAAUAAAAAAUAUAUGUAUUGAAGAUA